AUGGCUGCUCAAGAUGGCCACAACCUCCCGAGUGAUGUGACACCUCUCCUUCAAGAGAAGGUGAAGGUAGUAGUUAUGCGAUAUCGUGACAUUCCAACAGCGCACCGAGCGUAUGAGAGGGCGUUCACCACCGACUCGCUCAUGCCCUACUUUGUUUCAGCAGACACGGCGCCGUUCUACGAGGCCCGCACAGCCCUCAACCAUGCUUUGAGCUGGGGAGGCGCGAUCCACGACGGGCGCAUGCUGACCAUCGAGCGGGGUGCAGCCACGAUGAAAUACUCGUCGCCGGGGAACAACUCCGCUCCAUGGUGGACUAAGAAGGGCCUAGCAGUCCUCAAGCGCUUCGCUGCCCCGGAAGCCAACGAGCGCUGGGGUGAGUUCGGCCUGAAGAUGCAAGAGAUGUUGCAAGAGUCGGGAUUGAGUGAGAAGGUGGCGGACAUGCACGAAAUCCAGGCCCUCUGGUGUGAUCCGUCUGCCCAAGGCAAGGGUUAUGGGACUGCGCUCGCCCGAUAUGUCAUGGCAUUAAGCGAUGUGGACGGUCACGACGUAUGGCUGGUCACGACCGACGCGUGGACAUUCUACGACUAUCUUGGAUUCACCAAGGUUUGCUCUGGCGUGGUGGCGGCAAUAAUCCAACUUGGGACGGCGGGCCUAUUUCUUGUCACAUCGUGA